UUCCAUCACUUCCGGCCGCGGAGGCGGCGGUUGCGGCGGUCCCGGCUCCGCGCACGGUGCAGGGGCGCGGGGCUGCGGGCUUGGGGUCCCGGGCGCGAGGUCCGGCGGCCGCCAUGAACUUCUCCGAGGUGUUCAAGCUCUCCGGCCUGCUCUGCAAGUUCUCCCCGGACGGCAAGUACCUGGCUUCCUGUGUCCAGUAUCGGUUAGUGGUCCGGGACGUGAACACCCUUCAGAUCCUUCAGCUGUACACCUGCCUGGACCAGAUCCAGCACAUCGAGUGGUCGGCCGACUCGCUCUUCAUCCUGUGUGCCAUGUAUAAACGAGGGCUAGUGCAGGUGUGGUCGCUGGAACAGCCAGAAUGGCACUGCAGAAUAGACGAGGGUUCAGCUGGGCUGGUGGCUUCUUGUUGGAGCCCAGAUGGGCGCCACAUUCUCAACACAACUGAAUUCCAUCUGCGGAUAACUGUCUGGUCCUUGUGCACAAAAUCCGUCUCUUACAUCAAAUAUCCUAAAGCUUGUCAGCAGGGAAUAACCUUUACCAGGGAUGGCCGCUACAUGGCGCUGGCUGAGAGACGGGACUGUAAAGACUACGUGAGCGUCUUUGUGUGCAGCGACUGGCAGCUCCUGCGGCACUUUGAUACGGACACCCAGGACCUGGCCGGCAUUGAAUGGGCCCCGAACGGCUGUGUGCUGGCGGUGUGGGACACCUGCCUGGAGUAUAAGGUUCUGCUGUACUCCUUGGACGGCCGGCUCUUGUCAGCGUACUGUGCUUACGAGUGGUCCCUGGGCAUCAAGUCCGUGGCCUGGAGCCCCAGCAGUCAGUUCCUGGCAGUCGGGAGCUAUGAUGGGAAGGUGCGCAUCCUUAAUCAUGUGACUUGGAAAAUGAUCACAGACUUCGAGCAUCCUGCAACCAUUACUAAUCCCAAAAUAGUGGUGUAUAAGGAAGCCGAGAAGAGCCCACGCCUGGCACUGGGCAGCCUUGCCUUCCCUCCGCCCAGAGCAGCGGCCGGCCCCCUUGCCAGCACGGAGAGCAAAUACGAGAUCGCCUCGGUGCCAGUUGCCUUACAGACUUUGAAACCUGUUGCUGACAGAGCGAACCCUAAAAUUGGCAUAGGAGCGCUGGCCUUCAGUCCCGACAGCUACUUCCUGGCGACGAGGAACGACAAUGUCCCGAACGCCAUCUGGAUCUGGGACAUACAAAAGCUGAGGCUCUUCGUGGUGCUGGAGCAGCUGUCCCCAGUGCGCUCCUUCCAGUGGGACCCGCAGCAGCCGCGGCUGGCCAUCUGCACGGGAGGCAGCAAGGUGUACCUGUGGUCGCCGGCAGGCUGCGUGUCAGUGCAGGUGCCCGGGGAAGGUGACUUUCAGGUGCUUUCUCUGUGCUGGCAUUUAAAUGGGGACUCCCUGGCCCUCCUCAGCAAGGACCACUUCUGCCUGUGUUUCCUGGAGACUGAGGGGGUCCGUGCAGCCGUCAGACAGCUGGGCGGCCACAGGUCGGACCUGUGCGUAAGUGGCCUGUGUGAGAUGGACGCAGGACCCCUCGGCCGUGUCAGCAGGGGAGGAAUGGAGCUUCUCUGGGGCAAGUUCUCCAGCCGUGGUGGUCCACGUGAAAUGAUUUACUUUUAUUUUUUUACAGCAAGGCUUUUUUGUAAAUAGAUAUGGUACAAAACUGUAAUUUUUGUUACUUAAAAUAAAUAUUCAGUAAUUCAUAAAAUA